AUGGCGCGAGAUGAGCCCCUUUUGGCUCCGCGCCCUUCGUCCGACCACUCCUCGAUUCGGAAUGCAGAAGAGGAGGACGCCUUACUAACAGGCGAGCGCACCCACCGCGAACAGCAACGCAGCAAAUGGGCCUUCUGGAAAGACGUCGGUCUCUUCUCUUGGGCGUUCAUUGCUACGAUCGCCGUGAUAGUCCUCGCCGUGGUUUACCAACAUGAGACGAGCAAGAACCAUAACGCGAAGGAGCCCUGGGGCCCCGGAGGCAAGCCGGCCGGCAAGCGGAACUUGAUCUUCAUGGUCUCCGACGGAAUGGGACCCACUAGCUUGACUAUGACUAGAAACUAUAGACAAUUCACGGAGGGACUGCCCGUAGACCAGACACUGGUGCUGGAUGACCACAUUAUUGGCACUUCCAGGACGAGGUCCAGCAACAGCCUUGUCACCGAUUCGGCGGCCGGUGCUACUGCCUUCUCAUGCGCCCAUAAGAGCUACAAUGGAGCUAUCUCCGUGCUGCCUGACCACUCGCCUUGUGGAACUGUGCUUGAGGCUGCUGCCUUGGCUGGUUAUAAGACCGGUUUGGUUGUCACCACUCGGAUUACGGAUGCUACCCCUGCCUGUUUUGCUUCGCAUGUCAACCUUCGCCAAUAUGAGGACCGUAUCGCGGAGCAGGAGAUCGGCGAGCACCCGCUAGGCCGGGUGGUGGAUUUGAUGUUCGGUGGUGGACGCUGCCAUUUCCUCCCCAACUCAACAGAAGGUAGCUGCCGUGGCGAUGAUCGGGACUUGGUAGAGAUCGCAGGCCAGAAGGGCUUCCACUACCUGGACGACCGGAAGGCCUUCGAUGCCCUAAACGGCGGCUCGGAAGCCAAGCUGCCGCUCCUGGGUCUUUUCGCGGAGAAGGACAUCCCCUACGAAAUCGACCGCCGCAGCCAGGAUGGUGUGUACCCAUCCCUGGAAGAAAUGACUCGCACCGCACUCAAGACCCUCAGCCAAGCCACCGCGGACAGCGACAAGGGCUUCUUCAUUCUGAUCGAAGGCUCCCGCAUCGACCACGCCGGACACGGAAACGACCCCGCAGCACAGGUCCAUGAAGUCCUAGCUUAUGACCGGGCCUUCGCAGCCGUCCUUGAGUUCCUGGAGCAAGAUUCUACCCCAGGAGUGGUGGUCAGUACCUCCGACCACGAAACGGGCGGUCUGGCCGCGGCUCGACAGCUGCAUGACGAUUAUCCGGAGUACAAAUGGCUGCCAGGCGUCCUGGCCAACGCCAGCCAUUCCUCUGAGUUUGCCGGCGCGGCGCUCAAGGAAUACCUCUCUAAGAAUCCGGAUGCCAAGUCUCAACGCAAAUUCGCUCGCGAACUCUUGGAGAAAUCCCUGGGCGUUGGCGAUGCGACGGAUGAGGAAAUUGACCAUCUUCUUGAUCCCAAGCUGCCUUACAAGGCUGACUACGUGUUUGCCGAUAUCAUCAGCCGUAGGGCCCAGAUCGGUUGGUCCACACAUGGACAUUCAUCCGUCGACGUGAACAUCUACGCCUCCUCCACCAAGGACGCUUGGCGUCUGGUGGGCAACAACGAGAACACAGACGUCGGAGCCUUCCUCUCCGACUACCUCGAAGUAGACGUUGAAGAUGUCACCAAACGACUCCAAACUCCUAGCGAGUGGGCAUGGAAGCCUGAAAUCGACCCCUCCAUCUUCACAUCUCUCAGCUGGUUGGGAGACCCCUUGGGCGAAGCUGUCCGCACGGAGGGCUUGGAUACCUACCAUGGAGAAUUCAAGAAGCGCUCCAUGGACCUGGAUACGAGGGAAUGUGGCUGCGGCGAGCUGCAUUGA